AUGUCUCUCACAACACGCUGGAUCGGCUCGUCGCGCUCCGCUGUCGCAGCAGUCGUUAGGCGGCCACGCGUUGCCGCCAUUGGCACCGUCUCGCGCGCCCGCUUCUUCGCCUCCGAGGCCGAGGAGCCCUUCGACCUCAACUCGAUCGAGCGCGACUCGGACGAGGUCGACGUCUGCAUUGUUGGUGGUGGUCCCGCCGGUCUCUCGGCCGCUAUCCGCCUCAAGCAGCUCGACAAGGAUGACCAGCUCCGUGUCGUCGUCCUCGAGAAGGGCUCCGAGCCCGGUAACCACAUUCUGUCCGGUGCCGUUCUCGAGCCCAGGGCGCUCAACGAGCUGAUUCCCGAGUGGGAGGAGAAGGGUGCGCCGCUCAACCAGCCCGCGCUCAAGGACUCGAUGAAGUUCCUCAUCAACGGCAACAUGUCGGCUCCCAUGCCCCACCCGCCCCAGAUGAGCAACCAUGGUAACUACAUUGUCUCGCUCUCGCGCUUCACUUCGUGGCUCGCCGAGCAGGCCGAGGAGCUCGGUGUGGAGGUCUACCCCGGUUUCGCCGGUGCCAGCCCCGUCUACACCGAGGACGGCACGGGCGUCAAGGGUGUGUGCACUGGCGACGUUGGUCUCGACAAGAACUUGCAGCCAAAGGACUCGUUUGAGCCUGGUAUGGAGUUCCACGCAAAGGUCACCCUCAUUGCUGAGGGUGCUCACGGCUCGCUUUCCAAGGUUCUCCAGAACAAGUUCAACCUGCGUGACGGUGUCGACCCCCAGACUUACGGCCUCGGUAUCAAGGAGGUUUGGAAGGUCCGUGACGAGGUUCACGAGCCCGGAAAGAUUAUCCACACCAUGGGCUGGCCCCUCGACAUGAACACGUACGGUGGCUCGUUCCUGUACCACAUGGAGGACAACAUGGUCACCCUGGGUCUCGUCGUCGGUCUCGACUACCCCAACCCCUACAUCUCGCCCUUCCGCGAGUUCCAGCGCCUCAAGCACCACCCCGUCUUUGCCGAGGUCCUCAAGGGCGGCGAGUGCAUUGCCUACGGUGCGCGUGCCCUCAACGAAGGUGGUUUCCAGUCGAUCCCCAAGCUCUUCUUCCCCGGAGGAGCGCUCAUCGGCUGCUCGGCUGGUUUCCUGAAUGUGCCCAAGAUCAAGGGUACGCACAACGCCAUGAAGUCGGGUAUGCUCGCCGCCGAGGCUGCGUACGAGCAGCUCACCAAGGGUGAGGAGUCGGAGGCGCCUGUCGACAUGUCCGAGUACGCUUCCAAGAUGGAGAAGUCGUGGGUGUACGAUGAGCUCAAGGAGGUGCGCAACCUCCGCCCCUCGUUCCACAACCCUCUUGGAUUGUGGGGCGGCAUGGCCUACUCGGGUCUUGACUCGAUGAUCCUCAAGGGCCGCGUCCCCUGGACCUUCCACCACCCCCAGGAGGACUUUGAGGCUACCAAGCCCGCCGCCAACUUCAAGCCCAUCGACUACCCGAAGCCCGAUGGCGAGCUCUCGUUUGACAUUCUCACCUCGGUUGCCCGUACCGGCACCAACCACGCCGAGAACCAGCCCGUGCACCUCCGCCUCCCUACCGACCCGGACGCGCGCCGCCGCCACACCGAGAUCAACGUGACCGAGUAUGACGGUCUCCUGGGCCGUGUCUGCCCCGCUGCCGUGUACGAGUACCAGGACGCCGAGGGUGCCGAGGUCGACGCCGCUGGCAAGAAGUUUGUUAUCAACUCGCAGAACUGCAUCCACUGCAAGACCUGCUCCAUCAAGGUCCCUACCCAGGACAUUACCUGGACCGUCCCCGAGGGUGGCGGUGGGCCCAAGUACACCAUCACCUAA